GUUCAGUUGUUAGCCUUUGGUAAAGAGAACGUUUAUGAAAAUGCUCUCAUACUAUCGAGAAGAAACAUAAUCAUAGUGGAACGAAAGUAGUAGACAAAUAUAAUUAAAUUUUAGGCAGAACUUCCAUGUCUGACUGUAAAGUGUUCAAGAAUUUAUCCUGUGAGGAGCUGGAGAAAAGUGUUACUGAUCUAAAUCACAAGUUAUUAUCUCCUGAGAUUCCUGAAGAAUUUCAACUCGUCAAAGAUGAUUUGGAGGAAAUUGAUGUUGAGUAUUUGUUUGUCAGGGUGCAGUACACUAUAAGGAAUCAAAUAGGGAAAUCCAGCAGCAAAUUCUCAUGUAGUGCUGAAGUCAUUGACCAAUAUGUGAAAAACGUAUUCGACUUACCUAUAAAGAUAUACGACGAUCUUCGUACGGAGGCUUGUCAGGCUGAGCCACCUGUCGUAGUUUUGAAUGUUUCAGUUAUUGAAGCUAAAAACUUGGAAGCUAAAGAUUUAAAUGGAUUCAGUGAUCCUUAUUGUAUUCUAGGAAUAAUAUUUGGACGUUAUGUGGGUCAGAAUGAGAAAUCUACAACUCCUGAUUCAUCUAUAAAGACUACAACUGCUACAUCUAGUCAAAAUGAUUUAGAAACUGUACAAACAAUGCGAAACGCUUCAGGAAAAAAGGGUUUCGAUAACAAUCGUGUUACGUUUACGCGUUCAUCAUUUCGGCGUUUUAGUCAAUCUCUUAAUAAGCGAACAAACCAAAGUGAGAAACUACAAACAUCUCAUAAUGAAUCAUUUAAAAUGGCUGGUGCUACAUCGUCUAAAUCUGUAGUUAAUAAAGAAGGACAUAUUCCAGUUGGAAUAAUGAAAUCAACUCAGGUCAAAGAGCAAACAUUAAAUCCUGUUUGGAAUGAAAGUUUUCGACUGGAAAUAGACGAUAUAUCAAGUGAUAAGUUACAUUUGGAUAUAUGGGAUCAUGAUGAAGAGACCAGUGUAUUAGAAGCGGUUCGGAGUUUAAAUGAAAUUCGUGGUGUAAAACAGUUAGGUCGUUACUUUAAACAAGUUAGUCAAUCAGCACGUAAAAAUCAAACUGGUGAUAUGGAUGAUUUUUUAGGUUGUGUCACAAUCGAUAUCAAAGAUAUACCAUCUACAGGUUUAGAUAGUUGGUUCAAAUUAGAAGGUCGUUCAAAUCGAUCAAAAGUUCAAGGUGAAAUUCAUUUAGCGCUAAAUUUAAGCGCACAAAAUGAUUCAAAUGAAGUUGAACGUGAUAAAACUGUGGCUAUUCAAGAACAUAUUCAAUUAUUUUAUUUAUUUUCACUUUAUCAAUUAAAACAAGAAAAUAGUACUGGAAUACCAUGGAAUGGAAGUAUCGUUGAAGAAGGUGAAAUUAUUCUUCAUCAACAUGCUAUUCAAAAUGGACUGACAGAAAUACAAGUUGCCAUGUGUCAGUGGAUAGCCUUGAUUCGAUUAAAUUAUACUAGAUCAUUGGAUCAAAUCAUUCUUUUACAUACAUUCAAACAUCUCAUAUCAUUAUGGUCAGAUAAACUACUUACUAGAGAAGAGCUAAAUUAUUUAUCAGAUUCAUUUAAAGUAUUUACAGAACAUUCUUUAAUUAUGAUAUGUAACUAUAAUUUAAUCUUCCAUAAUGCUCAAUCAGACAAUGUAUUAGAUUUGAAUCAUUUACUUGAGUGUUUAUGUAUGUUGCAUAAUUCACGUUUAUAUCAGUUCAGUUCACCUUUCUCUAAUUCAUUACAAAAAGAAUUUCUUACAUCAUUUAAGAAAUUUGUUCUUGCACGUUAUGAAAAACACAAAGCCGCCGUUAUGGGAAAAACCGAUAAGUUGGAUUUGGCACAUUAUGAAAUAUCUCAAUUAAUAUUAUUGAUUAAAUUGUUGAUUAUUGAUUUGGAAAAAUGUUGUGAAGUUUAUUCACCAAUUAUUAAAAAGUAUCUGGAUUUGGAUCCUUUUAUAAAUAUGUACAAAUUUUAUGCAAAUUCUCUACAUCAUGAUUACAUAAAUAUCAAUGUUCUACAAAAUCUAGUACAACCAAUAAUAAAUCAAGAAUUGGAAACUAAAUCAUCUUUUUCAACUGGUAAACAGUGUUUAACAAAAUCUCUAGAAUUGAAAUCAUUAUUUGUUCUUUAUUUACUACUUAAAAAGUUUGAAAAUAUGUAUGACAUCAAAAUAAAAUCUAGUGAAUCAAAGAAAUUAAUUGAUUUCGAUUGGUAUACAUGGUUUCGACCAGUUAUUUCAUAUUGGAUACAACAAUGUAAUUUUCAAUUGUUAUCUAAUUUAGAUGGAGAUAUACAAAAUGAUCAGCUUAUACCAACUAAUGAACAAUUAAUAAAUUUUUUACCAAAUGAAAUUAAAAUAGAAAAAUAUUUUGGUUUACAUUCAAUAUCAAGUUUACAAAUAACAAAUAAUUUGACUCAAUUAAUAAACACAUGGUUAUUGAUUAAUUGGCCAGAUGAACAAACUAAAUAUAAUUAUGUUAUUGAAAUUGUUCAAAUUGCUUGUGAAGUUACUUUAUCAUAUGCAAAACAGUUACAUGAGAAACUACGUCUACAAGGAUAUUGUGAUGAAGAAGGGCAGUUUGAUAUUUCAACCUCACUCUCUAUUGGAUUGAACAAUUUGGAAUUAAUUUCAAAAUUUAUUCAAUGCAUUCUACUAUUUUUAAAUGUACAAACUCCUUGGUCGUCUAAUAAUAAAAAUGUUGUUUCCAGUAUUUCUAAUACUAACAACACGAGUAGUGUUCUUUGUGGUACUAUCGCUGGUAAAAGUAACAAUACUAAAAGUAAUGAUAAUAAUAACAAUAAUAGUGGGACUAUUGAUACCACAAAUGUAACCAGUAAAUCGAUUGAUGAUGAAGAAACUAAAAUUCCCUACCAACAUUUAGAAACUUUAAAGCGUCUUCAACAUAAAGGAUAUGGUGAACUUAUUCGUGUAUUGAAUCGAACAAUCUAUCGUAUGAAUGCUAAAAUGAGACCAGAAAUCAGAAAGAAUGUCUUUCAUUUAUGUUGGAGUCUACGAUCAACUCCUGUUGAUAAGGCUAUGCAUGAUUUAAUCGUUUAUUUGGACUCCAAUAUAAGAACAUUAAAAAUUAAUGUAUCCAGUAAUUUAUUGCAUCGUUGUAUACUAUCAAUAUGGCAUGAAUGUCUUGAACAAUAUAUGGAACAAACAAUUAAAGAAGGUGAAAUUAAUUCAACUAAUAUUGGUGGUCCUGGUGCAUUUCUACAAAUUAAAUCAGAUUUUAAUGCAGAUAAUAAUAAUCCAACAAUUAUACCAUUAUCUACUCAUGAAAUGUAUGAAUUAAUAUCUAAUUUACCAAUGGAAAUAGAUAAAAAUCAAAUUUUUCGAGCUAAAUCUACAUUAGAAAGAUUAAAAAAGUCUUUAGGUAUAUUACUUGAAUUUUUCUUGAAAAUUGGUGAUGAUCAAAUCAAUAAAGGAAGUUUAGAAACAGAAGAAUAUAAUAAUGUAAAAUAUUUGAUUCAAUUAUAUAACAGCAGUACACCCGAAGUAGUUGAACAGUAUUUCAUUGAAAAACUUAAUGAACAAGAAUUAGCCAGUUCUUCUUCAUAUGGUAAAUUGACAGUAAAGAUAAGUUAUCAACGGACCUCAUUAUAUGUAGAUAUACAACGAGCUACAAACCUUGUACCACUUGAUUCAAACGGAAAAAAUUUCAGAAAGAAAAUAUAUGUUAUUAAAUCAUCAUUUAUUUUAAAAGGUUUAUCAGAUCCAUUCAUAAUUGUUGAAUUACUACCUAAGCAUAUAUUUUCGGAAACUCCAAAGUCAUCACGAACAAGAAUUGUCAAGAAUACAGUUGAUCCUGUAUUUGAUGAACAUUUUGAAUUUCCGGUUACUCCAGAAGAAUUACAACAUCCAUCAUUCUGUUUAGCUUUUGUUGUCAUGGAUCAUGAUUUGAUUAUGUCGGACGAUUUUGAAGGAUGUGUCUUUAUUCGACCCUCAUUACUAAUGAAAUCAUCAAAUAAACAGGAAAUAAAUCCAGAGAAUUCGAAACUAGUUUUUUCAAACUCUCGAUUACAGAAUCGAUCUGCCAAUGAAUACAAACAGUUACAAUUAUGCUUACCGCUGAUCCGACCGAUCAGUAAAAAAUAUGGCGCAUUAGAUAUUUUGGGUCAACGUACCGACUCAUAUGCCCAAGAGAUAUUUAAACGAUGGAAAACUCUAGAAGACAGUGAAAUAAAUCAAUAAUAGGAAAGUAUACGUAAAAUAAGACAGUCAAUUCAUUAAACUCUAAUUAAUUCAUUUCGUGUUUUCUUUUAGAAGGACAAUAGAACAAAAAUUGUUAAUUCAAUAUUUACUGAUAUAAUCAAGCUUAUUUUCUCUUUAUAAUUCAUCUUUACAGUCAUCAUAUCGCUAUCAUUAUGACUAGUAUACUGUGUAAUCAAGGUUUUUUUCCCUAGAAAAAUGAAUUAAAACAAAAUGUUCAAGUUUUUCAAUAGUCGUAAUGUACUAUACAUUCACGUAAUUGUGUUUAUCUAUACACAUUAUGAAGUAAUCGACAUUUUAUUAUAUUUUUUAUGUAAGUAUAAUAAUGAUAAUUAUGAAAAACAAUUUAUUCUUGUUUGUUUUUGUAUAUACACAAAUAAGAAAUACUUCG